CACAGCCAUAAAUAUAACAAUAUCAACAAUGUAGCCACAUGAACAACAACCAAAAAAACAGAUAAUUGAGAAAAUAAACAUCGAAAAGAAUCAAUUGCAUCACUAGUCUUGAUCCCAUACUGGUCCCACCCUUAGUAUCGAUUCUACUGCUAUCUAGAUGAUGCAACUCCAUCCUCUCAGGCCAUCCAUUAUGUUCCCAAUCACAAAGCACACACUGUGUGUCCUUUCAUGUCUCACAUGAUGAAAUGAUUCAUGAAUGAAAAUAGAUGAGCACACGGUGUACUCUCACAGUUACUGGACUGCGCACGGACACAGCUGCAGACAUUACUCCUGGCCUGAAAUAUCCCUGAAAACAAACCACACCGGUAAGUGGAACAAUGUUCAACCAGAUAAACUGAUUAGGGAUUUUUCUUAGUUGCAGCUAAUUCAGUAUGAUGCAACAAAACAAUCUUGCUAACCUCAAAAAUCAGCUAAAAAUAAAUACCGUGUACAUAUGAUGAAUGAAUGUACAAUUACAAACAUAUGAAAAUACAUGAAUGUGUUUGCAUACGUGGAAGACAUUGUUAUGCAAAUGUUCUCUGACUUCAGGAGUUCAAUUCAGACAAAGAAGCCAAUUAAAAGCUCAAUUCAAAGUUUUUGCAGUUGAUUUGCCCAUCAGAGAGCAUAAAGUAGCUCAUCAUCUUCAACUUUUUGACCACUUGUCAUGUUGAAUGACGGGGUGACGGGCUGCACACUAAAAUAAUAAUAAUAAUCAAAGGAUCGCCAUUUUGGUAUUUUUCUUCUGUUUUUAUUUUGUAAAAUGGCCACCACAUUUAUACUGUACUGUAUGUGUUUUAUUGUUAUUAAUAGUGUGCACGAUAAUUAUCAGGCCGAUAUUAUGAAGUCAUACCAAUAAAUCCGAUAACAUUACAAAAACGCUCCAAUGAGGCGAGAUUACCUGUACUGUGCGGGUGAGCAAAUCAAGCGCUCCUUUUUUCUAUUGUCUGUGACGUUAGCGGCCUGUCGUAACUUCCCCUGAGCUCACUUGGAAACUAACAUUCACAUUCCGAAGAAGAAAUUGGGCGUGCUCGUUGUCCCAAUUACUUGGCGAUGAUGGGAAAAAAAACUAUGGAGCACACAAAAAACCUCAGACACCUGAAACACCAGCACCGCGGAGUUUGAAAAGUGCAAAAGGUUUGCAUGGCAAGACCUGCAUGGCAUUGCUCGGAGCGUGUGUCCGAAUACAGUGCACCUUGCUGGGCCACAGCAAGACGUGCUCCGCCUCCUCACAGUUGAAGACGGCAGGCGCCAUUAAACCAAAAGAACAAGACGAAGGCGGUGCCAAGAACCGGAAGAAUCCUCCAAGUGCAAGGCCAAUAGACAAGAAAAGGAAAUAUGCUACCCCCCCAGGCUGGAAUCACCGGUCUCCCACUGGAUUUGUGGAGGGAAGGUGACGGAGCCUCAGGAAGAGGCUGUGAUCAGUCAGCAAGUAACCGAGUAAGGUAUCUAGGUUACAAAGUAACAAACUUAAAAAUGAUUUGAUGAAGCAAAACAUCCGUAUUUUAGUGACUGACAACAUUAUUUCGUUCAUUUUUAUUAUUGAAUCUUAACAUAUCAGACGAACGUGUCAUGAUCUGUGUGCUGCUCUGCUGCCCUCUGGCUGUUGUCUGUUGCAGCACACGUGGAGGUAAUUGGGCACACCUGCAGGCAAUUAGGGACGCUCUUUUUAAGCAGCAGCUAGAUGCUACUCCAGUGCCCGAUUGUUACACAGCCUACGCCAACGACCUGCUCUCCCCAGCAUCUAAUUCUCUGAUAUUGCUACUAUCUGAUCACACAGGACUUUCCUGUCCUGCAUGGGGAUGCAGCUUCAAAGUUGUUUGAAACUUGGCAGCACAAUUAUGCUGAGAAGAUCGUUGGUGCACCUGGCAAGAUUUAAGAGGAAGCUGGAAUGGACCCUUCCUGGAUGGAUUAACACGGGUUAAUGUAGCCUUCUUUGCAAAACUUGCAAAUGUCAGGGUAAGGUAUCCUCAGUGAGGCAGGUCUAGCUCACAUGGCUACGUUUGUCCAACCAGAAUUUAAACGCUCACAACCGCACCGCUAGCCUAACGGGGGAACACACUGGGGGCAUUCUACGAAAGUGGCUCAACCAUCCCAGGCUUUGUGCUGAAGGUGCAGCUCAAAACAUAAAUUCCCUAAACAGAAUUAAACGGAACUGCAACGGUGGUUAUGAAUUUACUUCAAGUCUGGUUUUGUGCUAAGUGCGCGUCCACAUGAAAGUGGGCUUUUGAUAUCUCAUUAUUUUACUUAAAAGUGAAGCGAUCCCAGCCAGCGUGUACCCCAAAUGAGCAAGCACUUAAUAUGGAGCGUUCUGAGGAGUUCCCAAAAGAUUAUGACUGCUAAAAGCAACGCUGUGGCCACCAAUAGAGCGAGGGAGGACUGCUGGCAUGCCAGCAUGCAAAUGCAGGAGUUACACUUUUUAUACCAACUAUACCCUACUAGUCUUUAUCAUUCAUUACACUAACAUACCCUACUAGUCUUCAUUUAUUACACUAACCAUACCCUACUAGUUUUCAUUUAUUACACUAACGAUACCCAACUAGUCUUCAUUUAUUACAUUAACGAUAUUCUACUAGUCCUUUCAUUUAUCAUAUCAGGGUUGAAAGUAGUUCCACCUAGUUGCUGGGGUCUCUUAACUUAAGCGAUUUGCUUCUCAAAUCAAUAUGCGUUCAAAAGAGUAAUACAUUUGCAUCACAAAACCUUUUUUUUUUUUUUAAAUUUCAAUUCUACUGAACUUGAUUCAGUCUUUCUUCAUUCAUAUGCUCUCACUUGUUUCUUUUUUUAGCCUGGAACAAACAUGGAGCUCCAUGAGGCCAAGGCAUCCAGAACAUUCGCAUACAUCCUGAUACUGGGACAUUAACCUUAUCAAACAUCUCAGGCCUUUGUCAUCGUUGCUGGACAGGUUUUGGAACACAUCACUCCGCUUCAAUCGUCCGUGUCUGCUUCAAGAACAUGUGCCAGUUGCAACACACUGCAAUUUGACAUUUCAGCAGGGGAGUCCAAACUGGUCAAUUCUUUUCAUAGUAGCAUGCUUGCUUGCAAGGGAAGGAAGCCACUUUAAGGACACUUUGACACUAAGGGCAUGUUAACGGUUCAGUGUUUAAAUUUAUUAGAAUAUAUUUUUCUAAGAUUCCAGUAGUGUUUAACUGCAUGUUGAUUGCGUAAUAUAAGCUUUGCAUGUAUUUUGUUCUAGGGUUGUAAUUGAGCAGUUUAAUAGGUAUGGGUAAAUAUUGCAUUUUGCUUUGAAUAAACUGUCCUGUAAUGUGUUGGAAUGAAUCUGGUUUAUUGAUUUGACCCAGCAUGUGCAGUAAAUAACUAAUGAAUGUAGCUGAAACAACCCAGCAUUGUAAUCGUUUUAACCCAGCACUUGGGAACAACAUUUGAACUCUGCUGCAGGGUGGAAACGACUAACGCUGGGCUGGUGCUAUAGUAACCCAGCGGCUGGGUUACAGUCAGUGUGUAUCAGUCUUGAGAAGCACAAAGUUACUGAUAUCGGUUAGGAAAGAAACGAUAUCAUGCAUCUCUAGUUAAUGUUUUUCAUUCAACCUUUGUGAGCAGACCCCAGUAGAUGCUAACUGUGAUGCCACGCUAGUAUGAAAAUCCACGUGCUGUACAUCCACGGAACCGCAAGAAGGUCAACUAAAAGCUCAACCAAAACAAGGAAAUGUGACAAUUCCAACCAACUUGAACUUCUCAAUGCCCAAAACACAACACGUUCCCUCUGAUCCACCUACCCAAACCACCUCCCCAUACCCAAAACUAAACCUCACAACCAUGGGGUAUAACCAAGGAACAUGGGGGAUACUCCAGGACCAUGGGUGAUAUCUCAGGACUACGGGGGGUACCCCAGGACCAUGGGUGUAUCCCAGGACAAUGGGGGUAUCCCAGGACCAUGGGAGAUAGAGCCUUCUGAGCUGCUGAACCACACCUGUGGUUUUCUCCAAAACUGCUUGUCCUGUUUUAUUUAUUUCUCCUUUCCCAAAAUGAGUUUUUUUUUCCUUUGUAAUCUGUAACCUUCCUUUGUAGCCCUGUCAGACCUUUGGAUAAAAAAGGCGUUACAAGUCAAAUGUGUUAUUAUCAUUAUUGAGUCUGUUUGUUCCAACUGGACUCAUUUGUGAGCAAGCAUGCGAUGUGCUUUGGCUUUGGUUGCAGUUGUUUAAAUGUGUGGAUUGUGCCAAGCACGGCAUGGGUUGCCUGCUGGGUGAAUAUUCACAAUGUCCCGGGAGGUGUCUUGUUCAGUUGGCACAUCUGCCUCACAGUCGGGAGAUCCGGCUUUGAAUCGGCAUUGGAAGGUCACACUUUGUGGAGAUUGUGUGUUUUUGCCGUGCUUGCGUAGGUCUUCUAUGGGUAGUGUUUAUCUCAUGCCAAGUGGUUAGCAAUCUGCGUUGGGACAUCUCUGGAUGGGAUGCAUAGAUGGCUGUCUGAUACAGGCCACCGAUACCAUGACAUCAAAGAAUAGCUGCAUGAAGAACAGAUGGACUUGUUUGGAUAUUCCCUGCUGAGGAACUGGAAGUCGUGAGUCUUGAGCUCUUAAGGAUCUGUGUCAUGUGAAGCCCACCGAUACCGGACCUUUCUUAGCUCCUACAAAUGUCACCACCAGAAUGAACUGUCAGACAAACUGAACCCAGAAGCCUACAGGAUGCUGUGGUCGCUGCUCUGCACCAUGUUGCCAGGUCUCAUGAGAAACUAGGCCACAUGUCUCACAAACAUGAGUUCCACAUGCAUAAAACAAUUUGUAAAUGCAUACAAAUGAUGAAUGAAAGGGAUAAAAGAACAUUUAAGUUACUUUUACCUUCAAUGACGACAUGAUGUGGCAGCGAGAUCGACAAUGACACCACCGUGGUGUUUUACGAGGAGUUCAGUCGUGUUUUGUCAAAAUGCUGCCACUUGCAACUUUCUUGGGCUCCAUUUUGGCUUUUUUGCAGCCGUGAUCAAAAGACAACUUCUAUAAAGUACAUCAAAUAACGAGCCUGGGGCUAUCAACACGGAAACGUUUUAUGGUUUCAGCCUUUCAUCCGCACGGAAACGGCGUUCUGGGUGAGCUGAAACGGUAUUUUUUGAAAACACCGGCUUGACAUGUCUGUGUUGACAAGCAACCCGCUUGUCGCCGUCACGUGACCAGAAGUGAACUUUGACAACCAGCCAACAUAAUAUGUGAAUAUUCUCCUGAUAUUUUGUUGUCCCAAACUCCAAAAUGACUCGCAGAGGUAAUUCCACUUGGUCGCAAGUCUAGACGAGCCUUAGAAAGCGGAAGGCGAUGGACUUAUGUGCUUAUGUUCUUUCUUCUAGUUUGGAGUGGCAUGUGGUUCCCUCUGUGUUUGCAGCGCCACACGUAGGUGUGCCUUGGGUACUGCAUCCUUUUUACUCAGUGAUCCGUUCCCGUCUGGAAGCAACUACAGUAUUUACUAAUCCGGCUCAGUGUGGACGUACAUUUUUUUCAACCCCCCCCCCCAAAAAAUUUCUGUAUGGACAGGACCUUAAAUCUCUUGAACGCCUCCUCAGGAUCUGGCCCCCCUCAAACAGCCCUAAGUGUUUGGGACCAGGGAAGGAGGUGCGGAAAGUUUUGUUUAUUGUGGGGGACUGGGAGAUCAGGGGGUUUCACACUCACAGAAAAGCCCAGAUAAACAACUACACUUUCCAAAACAAGCUGAAAACCACAAGCCAUAACUCAUGCAAGGAAAAAAAAGGCCAAAGUGGCUUACAGGAAGCAGACCUGGCAACGCUGCCCUGUACUUGACCUGGCACCUGCCACUCAGGGUAGAAAAAACCGUCCUCUUUGGAGGCUUUGACAUAAGGUAAUGGCUUUAUGUUGUUACCUUGGUGCCUUUGUAAUGUCACGAAACAUCAUGCCCGCAUAGACAUUCAGUUACAUCAGCAGUGCCGGUUAACUUUGAACAGGUAUGGCAUUGGAGACUUCAUUGUUUACUCUUUUAAUCAUGCUUUAGGCAACACAGAAGUAGUAAAAUGAGCGUUUGGCAAAGUUCCCGUCAUAUUUUUAGCAGCGUUACGUAACUCUUGGGUCACCAAAAGAGUACUCGACUGAAUCGAUCAGCAGCAGGUGUUUGGGAUCAAGAUCAGGCUUUCCUAACAGGAUUUGAAUGACAAUGCACCCGAUCAGGCCAGACUGUCAUUCUAGACCUCUGCUCCCCACCUUCCCCGUGGGGCCUCGCUUUCCGCAGCCAUCUGCCAUGAUGACCACCCCCAACAUGUACAACGUACCGCAGCAAAUUAGGCCAGCGGUUCACCUCAGUAGUCACGCCAGCUUCCAUAAUCACAGCCAGGUGAGUAACCAAUCCCUGCAAAGCCAAUCCAUCAGGACACUAUUGCUGCCCCAGGACGAUCGCGGGGUGUUGGUCCUUUGGAGGUUAGCAGGGAAAACAUGGCUGUUAGCUUGUGUUAGCGUGUACGACUACAUGUAGCCUCCGGAAGCCACUGCCGAUGGUGGGAAGCAAUGAUUCUCUGCAGGAAAACAAAACAUUCUCUCUGAGUUGGAAGUUGCUGCCCCAAUUCAGGACGUCCGGUGAGGCUGGUGUUGGGAUAAGGCCAAGGAACGGCAGUUGGUGGCUCUGUUGUCAGAAAGAAGCUCUGACUUCAUCGGUUGAAAUGAUUUUUAAUAAGAUGAGCUCUUCGGAGUGUGUCGUGGUGGCCCAGCUGCCCUGUGGUUGAUCAAUACUGUAAUACGUGACACGAGCACAUCCCACGUAGCAUUCUCUUGUGCUACCAACAUACUGCAUGUAAACAAUACAUUUACAUAGAAGUGUGCAUCAUGGAGAGACCGACAGUGUCAGUGCAUGUAAACAUACUGAUUGUUUUUAUUCUUUUUCUUCGGGAUUAUGUUUAAAAGGGUCUUAAAAUGACGGUCCAAGAGGAAAAAUAGACAAGUAUGUGCUUGAUGUUAAGAAGAACAGUCUGUCUUUCCUUUCUAAACAUAUUACUCCAAAGAGAUUUUGGGAAUCAGAAAAUAAAUGUAAACAUGUAUGUUCAUCAUUUUAGCUUUGCAAGCAUGACAUGCAAAAGAAACUGCCUUUGAAACUUACAGUAUGUCACGAUCCAUAUCCCCUUUAAACGACAGCAACUGCAGCAUCAAUGGCCGGUCCAAAACAUCCUGGGACCACACCCUCAACCAAUGAUGAGGGCGCCGUCGGGGAUGAUGAUGACGCCUGGAACCCCUCAGAUGGUUCCUGUUGGCUUUAUGAAUGGAGAGAUUUUGUUUGAGCAGGUACAUCCUUUAAUGUCUGCGGCUCCUCCCCAAAACAUCUUCACAUCAAUUAAUUCCAGGAAGACUGAGCAUGUGCGGGAUCGGCCGUACAUAAAGAAACCGCCAAAUGCUUUCAUGUUGUUUGCUAAUAAGUACAGAGAAAUAGUCACCAUGCAGCUGGAAAAGAGAGACAGCGCAUCUGUUCAUGUGGCCCUUGGGAAAAUGUGGAAGUUGCUGCCGCAGGCAGAUCGGGACAAAUACUAUGAAGAGGCAGAUGCUCAGAAACGACGUCACGCACAGCUGUAUCCUCGCUGGUCCACGUGUGAAAACUAUGGGAAACGCAGGAAGAGGCGGAAAAGUAAACUUCCCACCAACGUUUCAAAGGAUACGCCAGAUCCUGAACUUCCACAUGUCAACAGUAUGAGUAUGUGUCUUGCCCCAGUGCAGUCAGGCUUGAUGGGAUCUGAAGAAUUGGACUCUUCUUCAGCCACGACUGGUGCAGACACUCCAGACACGAUGCAUUACAGCUCCCAGCCUCCUUCUGCACUCAGUUCUGAAGAGUCCGUGGAUGCAGCGACGCUGGAAGAAAAGUAUAUACAGCUUCCAUGUGUCAACGAUGACAUUUCGAUUGCUCCUGAUGGACAGACACAGGCAGAAACUCUUGAGAACGAUCAGGCGCUCAAUCUGCUAGAUUGUAUGCUUCUGUCCCCUGCGUCUCAGAUUGAGCUUCAGAGUGUCGGAGAUGGGUUCCAGUUGCUACUGGAACAUUUUGAGCCGGAGCCCCUGGCAUUACAUACCGAGACUGAGGAGUCCGGUAAGGUUCUGGGUUUAGAGGAAUCCCAGCAGUUCAUCAUCAAGCUAUUUGACAAUCCUGCACUGCCAGGCAAUAUAAAAGUAGAAACUCAAUUGGGCACGGCUGUGCAGGGUCACACAAUAACAGCAGGCUCCCCCAAACUUCUGAGCAAGUACAGUCAGACGAUGGCAGCAGGGGCCAUGAGACAAGAGGUAAAUGUCCAAAUACCACUGGAACAUUUGGAAAUUCCUGCCUCCAUGGGCGUCAGUGUUAAGGAAGAACCCCAACUGCCCCUCGCCAUACAGAGUCGGGAAAUUACCAAAGUGUCGAUUGCCCACGCUGUGCAUUACCACACAGCAAAGACUGAGUCCUCCAGUCUGGCCAGUAUAGACAAAGAUCUCCAAGUACCAACUGGGAAUGUUGGCAAUGACCUUACCUCCUCUGCUGGACAGUCAUGGAGCUUUAAGGAAGAGAGACUCGCGGUGCAGAGUCAAAAAUUAAGAUUGUCCAUUCAGUCUCUGGAAAACCUUUCUGGACCGCUGCCACAUUUCCAGAGCCUGUCCUCUGCAGAAGAGUCAAGAGAGGGAGACCUCCUUCAGUGUCUCAGUCUCGGUGACGAGCUACAGCUAUCUCCUGAGCUGCAUUAGUGUCCAUUAAUUGCAUCUCUUGAUGCUGGACACGUGGGGAUUGCACCACUGUUUACACUAGAUUAGAAUCGAGUCCAUCACAGGAACUACCAAUGGCAUACGCUCGCUAAGAAGGUUUCCCAGGAGAGGCCUGCCGCACACUUUGGAAAACCUUGAAUAGAUAUUUGCUGGGGUAGAUGAUUAUUUUCAUUGACUGCUCCCCUAUUUGAAACAAACCAGGCAGUAGAUAUGUUCCUUACUUUGUUUCACUAAGCCAAGGAUGAACACCUUUCAGUGCAAUAUGCUGAACAGGCUGAUGCACGCAGCUGAAAAUUGGGUGAGUCGUCAUUCGAUUUUUUUGAAAUGUAAGAUAGAAUGCUUGAGCUUUGUGAAUAUGUACAGUAGUGUUACUUUGCUAUCUGUCAUUAACUGCUCCUCGUAUGUACGCAUUGGAAAGUACAACAUAAAGUUGUAUUUUCUGUUUUAUUCUGAUAUACGUGUUUUUUUUUAUUGUAUGCUUAGCUGCAAAACUGUCAACUUUUCACAUGACUGCAUUUUUGAUAUAAGAGAUAUACAUGUAUUUUUGUAUCAAAUUUCUUUAACGUUUAUGGCUCCGUAAUGUGCAAAAGAAUUCAGUUGUCCAAAGAGAUAUACAUGUAUUUUUGUAUCAAAUUUCUUUAACUUUUAUGGCUCCGUAACGUGCAAAAAAAAUUCAGUUUCCCAAAAAGAUAUACAUGUAUUUUUGUAUCAUAUUUCUUGAACUUUUAUGGCUCCUUAAUGUGCAAGAGAAUUCAGUUUUCCAUUCUAUAGUUACGUCGUAGGUUCCCCACACCAAGUAUGGAAAGUAUCAUUGACAAAAUUAAUUGAGGUCCUCCUCCCAACAAUUUUGACCAUUUGCACACCUCAGAAAAUGAUAAACGGGGGAUGGGAAUAUUUGUCAAACUGGGGGACCUGGUCUCAGAGAGUCUACACGACGACAAAACACUGAACCGCUUGUUUCCUUUCACCUUUGUCCUUUAGAACUCAGUUACCUUCUCAGUUUGCACACGACUAUGUUGGUAUUACUGCUUCAUUUGUUUUUUCAGACUUAUCCAUUUUCUGUAUAUGUCUUUGUAUACUAUGUAUAUACACUUUUGCUGCAAUGUAACACUAAAGAGACACUAAGAGCCUGAAUCAUCUUCCAUGUGUGUUUUAAACUUACUGGAUGAAUAAAAGA